UUUAGAGUUUAUACUACAUUUGGAUCAGUUUCAAAAGUAAAAUGGUGUGAAUUUAACUGUAUUGAUGGUACAAAGAAUCAUGUUUGAGGUCAGUGGUAAAUUAGUAUCAGUGAAAUGCUGAUUUGGAGUCUUUUCUUUUGAUUACCAGAUCAAUAAAUCAAUGCACUAUGUGAACUGCUGUCAGUGAAAUAACAUGAGAUUUUAUUAUUGUGUAAAUCAUAGAUUGAUUAGAUUAAUGUUAAUAAAGAUAGACUAUAAUAAAAAGAUAAAUGUUGAAAUAUUAUCAUUGACACCAACAGUAGAUAUAAUACUGUAAUGUGGACUUAAUUUACUUGCUUAAUGUAAAUAAAACAAAUUAGAAGCAUGAGAGGCAUUUUGUUGUUUCCGUCAAUCAUUAACACGUAUAUUCACUGAGUGUAUUUAGAAGUUCCUCUUUCUCUUAAAAUAUUAAACAUUUAUUAAACAACAGUGUGAUAAUACAGUUGAUUCAUUGUAGGGACCAUUAGUAAACAGUCAGAGGAAAUAUUUUGAUGAUCAACAUUAGUAUUAGAGGGCAGUAGAGCAUUAGAUUGCAACGUUACAUGAGAGAUCAACUAUUAACAAUAUAUUUUUAAUUUUAUGUGUAACAGACAUCGAAACCUUCAUCUCACCAUCUCUCUCUCUCUUGCUUUCCCUCUCUUUCUCUCUCUCUUGGCCACUCCAAAGACUGAAAGGGACUUUGGCCACUCCUUCUUUCAGUUCAGUGAAAGUGAAACUCAUCACUACUUCCUGCUCAGUCUGCAUGUGGGAUUCAGCAGUUUUGUGGGUGUUUUUUUCUUUCUUGUUUUUGUUUGUUUGUUUUUAUUUUAGUUUUUUCGUUUCUAAGAGCUAGGUUGACUGCAAGUCAUUGUUUGUGCAGUAAAAUGGCAGUAUCUAGUGUUUCUUUGGCUCAUGAUCAGUUCAGCUGUUCAAUCUGUCUGGAUCUACUGAAGGAUCCUGUGGCCAUUCCCUGUGGACACAGUUACUGUAUGAGCUGUAUUACAGGCUGCUGGGAUCAGGAUGAUCAGAAGAGAGUCUACAGCUGUCCUCAGUGCAGACAGACCUUCACUCCAAGACCUGUUUUAGGUAAAAACACCAUGCUGGAUGAAGUGCUGGAGAAACUCAAGAAGACAAAACUACAAGCUGCCUGUCCUGUUCAGUGUUACUCUGGAUCUGGAGAUGUGGAGUGUGAUGUCUGUACUGGGGACAAAAACAAAGCCAUCAAGUCCUGUCUGGACUGUCUGAACUCUUACUGUCAAAAUCAUCUUGAACAACAUGAGACUUUCUUCAAAGGUAAGAGACACAAUCUAAUGGACGCCACUGGACGACUGCAGGAGAUGAUCUGCCCUCAACAUGAUAAACUGCUGGAGAUUUUCUGUCGUACAGAUCAGCAGUGCAUAUGUUAUCCUUGUACAAUGGAUGAACACAAAAACCACAAGACUGUAUCAGCUGCAGCAGAGAGGACUGAGAAACAGAGACAGUUGGAGGAAACCCAGAGAAAAUUCCGCCAGAGAAUCCAGGAGAGACAGAAGGAGCUUGAGGAGCUGAAAGAGGCUGUAGAGUCUCACAAGCGCUCUGCACAGACAGCAGUGGAGGACAGUGAGAGGAUCUUUACUGAUCUGAUCCGCUGCAUUGAGAGAAGCCGCUCUGAGGUGACACGGCUGAUCAGAGAUCAGGAAAAGGCUGAAGUGAGUCGAGCUGAAGAACAACUGAAGCGACUGGAGCAGGAGAUUGAAGAUCUGAGGAGGAGAGACGCUGAGCUGGAGCAGCUUUCACACACAGACAAUCACAUCCAUUUCCUCCAGAGUUUCCAGUCUCUCUCUGUUCCUCUUGGAUCUACAGACUCACCCAGCAUCACUGUCAGUUCUCGUCUCUCUUUUGAUGAUGUUGGUAGAUCUGUUUCUCAUCUGAGAGAGAAACUGGAGCAUUUCUGCCGAGAGGAGAUAGAAAAGAUAUCUGGUAAACUAACAUACAUUGAGAUCUUUCCCGCACCUGAGCUCAAGACCAGGGAGGAAUUUUUACAAUAUUCCUGCCAGUUCACUGUGGAUAUAAAUACAGCACAUAAAAGAAUUUGUCUGUCUGAGGGGAACAGAGUGAUUGAAUACACUGACACAGACCAGUUGUAUCUUGAUCAUCCAGACAGAUUUUAUACUGAAGAGCAGGUGUUGUGUAGAGAGAGUGUGUGUGGACGCUGUUACUGGGAGGUUGAGUGGAGUGGUAAGGUGGGUAUAUCAGUGUCAUAUAAGAGCAUCAGCAGGAAGGGACAGGGAAAUGAAUGUAUUUUUGGACGCAACACUCAGUCUUGGAGAUUAUUUUGCUCUCCCUCCACAUGUUCAUUCUGGUACAAUAAUAAAAAGACUAAACUCCCUGUAGUCUCCAGCUCCUCUAGAAUAGGGGUGUAUGUGGAUCACAGUGCAGGAACUCUGUCCUUCUACAGCGUCUCUGACACAAUGACCCUCAUUCACAGUGUCCAGACCACAUUCACUCAGCCUCUCUAUGCUGGUUUUAGGGUUUAUUUAUUAUUUGGAUCAUGCAUUUCAAAAGUAAAUCUAUGUGAAUUGAACUCAGUGGUUGAGAAAAUCAUGUUUGAGGUCAAUGUAAAAUCAGUGUCAGUGAAAUGCUGAGUGGAGUCUUUGCUUUGUUUAUUUCCAGAUCAAAAAAUCCACUAUCUGAUCUCCUGUCAGUGAAAUAACAUGACAUUUUAUUAGUGUGUAAAUCGUAGUUUAAUCAGAUGAAUUUAUGUUUAUAUAGAAAGACUAGAAGAAAAGAUGUGGAAAUGUGGAAACCUCAUCAUUGACACCAACAGUAGAAAUAAUACUUGUAAUGUAACUUAAUUUACUUGGGCUGCUUGCUUAAUGUAAAUAAAACAAAUUAGAAGCACAAAAGGCAUUUUGUUGUGUUUCCUUCAGAUAAUACAUAUUCUUUGAGUGGGUCCUCUUUAUCUUAAAAUAUUAAAUGUUUAUGAAACAAUGCU